CCCCCUCCACCCAUCUCUGCCCAAGAAGGGACUCUGGGCAACUUGCUUAUCAGUCUGAGCCUUAAUUGUCCCAGUAGUUACCUGGGGUGUUACCUUAACAUCUCUGGGUAAGACUCCUGUGGCUGUGGAAGAGGGGAGAGAAUCAAAUGUCGGGCACUGCUUAACACCUAGUAGACGGUGAGUAAACGCGGGCUUCUCUUCUGCCUUUACCUACAGUUUUCUUAGCGUGUUACUUAAUGUACCAUAGGAAAUCAUUUUAAUUUUGUUUCUGAAAAAAGCAUUAAGUUACUUUUUCCUGUAUGGCUAACACUGUGCCACUGAACUCAGGCAUGGCCUCGCCUUCAGCCUUGCAGUCUCUACACACUGAAGCUCAUCCCUCUCCACCCUCUGUCCCUUGGCCCCAUCAAGCUCAAUGGCUUCCCUGACCUCCUUGCCUUUCUGGGCUCUUCCUCAUGAAUUUCCCCUCUAGUCCCACAGCUCCACCCAGUUGAACCUGGGCACGGUCAACUCUGAGUCAACAUCUUUUCAUGACACUUCUAUGGCUCCGACUACAUCCUUUCACAACUGGUGAUGGUUGGUGCCAAAGCAGAUUAUGGGGAAGAAACCCAGCUCUCUCUGGAGCUAGAAAAGGGGUGUCCACCCAGGUGAAGCCAUGAGGAUCCACAGCCUCCUCCUGCUCUCCUUCCUUCUCCUGGCUGCUCAGGUGCUCUCAGAAAGGGUCAGAAAGGGAGCCAAGAAUGCCCCACACAACACAACAGUGGAGGGUGCAUCUGCCCCCUCGGGCAAGGCCCAGGAUAAGCAGAGAAGCAGAACAUCCAAAUCCAUGACCCACGGCAAGUUCCUCACCAAAGACCACGCCACCUGCAGGUGGGCUGUGACUGCGGAGGAGCUGGGCAUCAGCCUGAAGGUCCAGUGCACUCAGGAAGAUGGAGAGUUUUCUUGUGUUUUUGCGGGUGAUCCAGCCGGCUGUCUUGAACAUGACAAAGACCAGAUCUACUGGAAGCAAAUUGCCCGCACCCUGCGCAAACAGAAGAAUAUCUGUGGGAACGCCAAGAGUGUCCUGAAGACCAGAGUGUGCAGAAAGAAGUUUCCAGAGUCUAACCUCAAACUGGUAAACCCCAGUGCACCUGGGAACAUGAAUCCCAGGAAGGAGAAAGCAGAGGUCUCCCCAAGGGAACACAAUAAGGUUCAAGAAGUUUCCUCCAUGGGGCCAAACAAGGUCCAAGAGGACCUCGUGCCCAGUCCAGCUGUGACCCAGACGGUGGCCAUCAAAGAUCCAGAGUGCCUAGAGGACCCAGAUGUGCUCAACCAGAAGAAGGUUGCCCUGGAAUUCUGUGGGGAGUCUUGGCGCUCCAUCUGCACCUUCUUCCUCAACAUGUUACAGGCCUCGUCGUGUUAGUGAAGUUCAAGGGAGCAGCCUCAGACGUGAGGAGUCAGAUCCCCAGUGUCAACUGCAAAGCUCCCGGAGUUCCCCACAAGAUACAAACUUUCAUGUUACCAGACUGCAGUGAAGUAUUUAAACAGUUUUUGUAAACUUUGUUUUUGUGUUUUAGGAUUUGCUUUUUUUUCUUUCACAUCCUUGGAUGUACUUUUCAGACUCUUUACCUCAGUGUGAUGGUCUAUGGACCGCCAAUCUAGGUGCAUAUAAGGAGUGGAGCAAUCCUAGUGAGGAUUUCCACGCAAGGAAUUGUUGGCUGUGUUUAUCAGGAUAAUAAAGUUCUGGGCAUUGUCAGAAACACCACCGACCACUGUUUCCUUUCUAGGCCUCUUGUUCUGAAAGAGCUUGUGGCUCAUUGUCAACACGUCUCCAGAUGUGAGUAGAUGGAAGGUUGACUGGUUGACUUUAGG